AUGACGCCAAAGCCAUCGGCUCUGGCUCCGAGGGCGCGCAGGCCGAGCUGCAGAACGAAUUUUCUCAAGGUUUGUCCGACUUUGACCUCACCUCGCGCGGGGGGGGGGGGGGGUGCUCCGCUAACACUGCCGGGCCUCCCCCCUAGUUUUCUCACCAUCGAGGAUGCCGAGACGCUCGUCCUCAAGACGCUGAAGCAGGUGAUGGAGGAGAAGCUUGACUCGAAGAACGUCCAGUUGGCGAGCGUGACGAAGGAAAAGGGGUUCAGAAUAUACACGGACGAAGAGAUGGCCGCCGUCGUCGAGCGACUUCCGGCGAACUGA